AUGGCGUGUGUAUUACCUUUCGGCUGCUUGGUGAGCUCCCGAACCUUUCUACAACACUGUAACAUCCGGUGCAUGAAUGGAGGUAGCUGCAGCGAUGACCAUUGCCUCUGUCAGAAGGGAUAUACAGGAACACACUGUGGACAGCCUGUCUGUGAAAAUGGAUGUCUAAAUGGAGGGAGAUGCGUGGCUCCAAACCGAUGUGCUUGCACAUAUGGCUUUACUGGACCCCAGUGUGAAAGAGAUUACAGGACCGGCCCUUGCUUCACUUUGAUAACCAACCAGAUGUGCCAGGGACAGCUCAGUGGAAUAGUCUGCACAAAAACCCUUUGCUGUGCAACAGUUGGGAGAGCAUGGGGCCACCCCUGUGAAAUGUGUCCUGCCCAGCCGCAUCCCUGCCGACGAGGCUUCAUUCCAAACAUUCGAACUGGGGCCUGUCAAGAUGUGGAUGAAUGCCAAGCCAUCCCUGGGAUCUGUCAGGGGGGAAAUUGCAUUAAUACUGUUGGAUCUUUUGAGUGCAAAUGCCCAGCUGGACACAAGUUUAAUGAAGUGACACAAAAAUGCGACGAUAUUGAUGAAUGCAGCACUGUUCCUGGAAUCUGCGAUGGAGGAGAGUGUUCAAACACAGUUAGCAGUUACUUCUGCAAGUGUCCUCCAGGGUUUUAUACAGCUCCUGAUGGCUUAAAGUGCAUAGAUGUGCGUCCUGGAUACUGCUUCUCUUCUCUGACCAACGGGCGCUGUGGCAAUCAGCUCCCCCAGCCUUUGUCCAAAAUGCAGUGUUGCUGUGACAGUGGCCGAUGCUGGUCUUCUGGUGCAGCCACCGCUCCUGAAAUGUGCCCAAUCAGAUCCACCGAUGAGUAUCGCAAAUUGUGCACAGUAGCUGCUCUACUGCCAGCAAGGUCUGACCUUCCUCCUCCGGGCCGUCCUGACAUCAUCCCUCCACCACUCCUUCCUGGUGUUUACCCUCCUCAACAGCCAGAAAUCGUCUAUCCAUCUCGGGCCCCACCACCUCAUGUGAUCUUGCCGGUGAACUUCACUGACUAUUGCCAACUGUUCCGACAUCUCUGCCUUAAUGGACGCUGUAUUCCCACUCCUGGGAGCUACCGCUGCGAGUGCAACAAAGGAUUCCAACUGGAUGUUAGAGGGGAAUGCAUUGAUGUUGAUGAAUGUGAGAAGAAUCCAUGCAUCAGUGGAGACUGUGUGAACACCCAGGGAUCCUACAUAUGCCAGUGUCGCAUAGGAUAUCAGAGCACGCCAACUAGAACAGAGUGCCGAGACAUUGACGAAUGUUUACAGAAUGGUCGUAUCUGUAAUAAUGGACGAUGCAUAAAUACAGAUGGCAGUUUUCACUGUGUGUGUAAUGCUGGCUUUCAAGUGGCAGCUGAUGGGAAAAACUGUGAAGAUAUGGAUGAGUGCAGCAUAAGGAACAUGUGCCUCAAUGGGAUGUGCAUCAACGAAGACGGCAGUUUUAAAUGCAUUUGUAAACCAGGGUUCCAGUUAGCAUCUGAUGGACGCUAUUGCAGAGACAUCGAUGAGUGUGAGACAGCUGGAAUAUGCAUGAACGGGCGCUGUGUGAACACUGAUGGCUCUUUCAGAUGUGAAUGCUUCCCUGGCCUUGCAGUAGGACUGGACGGACGCGUGUGUGUCGAUACACAUAUGCGCAGCACAUGCUAUGGUGGCUACAAGAGAGGACAAUGUGUGAGACCAUUAACUGGUGCAGUUACAAAAUCAGAGUGCUGUUGUGCCAGCACUGACUACGCCUUUGGGGAGCCUUGUCAGCCCUGCCCAGCGCAAAAUUCAG